AUGGACAUCAGCUUCGUCUCCACAGACCCCUUCAACACCGAGGUCAUUGAUAGCGCCACGGGGAACUUGCUGUAUGACAUCGAGACGCCCUUCAAACUCUUGCGGAAGCGUACGACGACCAUCUGGACGGCACGAAAGAAGGUAGUCGGCCUUUACGAGCGAAGCUGGGGCCACAAUAGAGUUGCAUACUUGGGUGAGACGAGGAAGGUGGCGGAAUGGCUACCGAAGGAGAGCCCAAUGUCAAGCUCGAGGACGUUCGUCGCACCUAAUCAAAAAGUGUACACGUGGACACUGGCUAGUGGAGGCACUUUCAAGCUUUUCGAUGCCGCAACGCAAGCGGCGGUAGCAGAGACACGCUAUACAAGCGCAGGUACUCGAUCGCGCAAACCCCACAUCAGUAUCAACAUCGGAGCAGAGCUUGUACCGUUCCUCGACGCUGUUCUUCUUGCGUUUCUCAUAUGUGAGGACGAGCGACGCGAUAUUGAUCAACAGGCGACGGAUGCUGGGCCGCCAUUGGUCCAGGACACCGGUUUCAACGGCCACGUGGCUUCAGACACUGGACUCGAAGCGUCGGUUGUCGCGAAUGCUGGUCUGUCCGACGUGAAUGUGGUUGAGCAAACGGAGGCCCACGUGAACGUUGGCACUAGUGCAGUUUUCGACGCAGGUGCCCACGGAGGCGGGGGUGCCGGUGCGGAUUCGGGACAGGAGUCCAGCCUCGGCGAUGGUGGAAAUGACGGAGGGGUCAUGGCAAAUGCGGCAGACCAUGGCGGGGCUUGGGGAGAUACUGGAGGAUAUGGAGGUGAUGCAGGUGGAGGAGAAUAA